AGAAGUAUUUUAUUAGUCGUAAACAUCUUACAGUGCAGCAAAUCCAGGAAUGCCCCUUUGAGAAUCAUGAUCGUGAUUUCUUAAUGAAGUAUAAUGAUAAAGAAAAAACACUUUAAAAUAUAUAUCUAGGUGUGGUAUAACGUGUUCAUUAAAAUUAUACUGAUGAAAUGUUUGAAAUUAAAUUUUCAUCCGACACCAAUACUAAAGUGCCUAUAGAACACAAAGGGUUAAUCAGAGAAGUAAGUAGUUAACCUAAAUUUCAAACAUGUUUUUUGGUUAUGAAAAAAACAAAACAUUGGUUAAUCAAAGUUAUCUCAUAUACCUUUGAUAGAAUGUUGCAUUGAUUCUAUUAAGUUGGCAUCUUUGAUUUCUAUUAAUGUCCAAAAAAUGGGUCAAAGUGGGUUAAUUAAUGAAUUUGUUAUGCAUGGUAUUAAUGCAACUUAUCCUGUUUUUCUACAAAACUACAUUACUUUACAUUCAAAUGUGAAUGACUUAACAGGGAAUACAAGAGCAAAGUUUUAAAUUCCAUCCGGUACCAAAACGAAUAUUUUGAAAUAUGCCCAACAUCGUCUAUCGCCAUUAUUUCAAAAUGAGCCCUACCUUGGCGCCAUGUGCCUUUACAAACAGAUCAAUAAAAGGGAAAGUCUAUGACAUGGCAAAGAUCGAUAUAUUAAUCAGGUUACGUUUCAUAUAAGUGUUUUUAACAAGUUCCAAACUGGAUAAAUAUAAUAACCGGAUACAUGAUGCAUUUAUACCAUACAACUACCACCAGCUGCUGAUAACAGCCACAUGUUUCCGACAUGAAGCAGCCCGGGCCUGCUAACGGCACGGACCCGUGUAACCAAACGAUAACCUACACAGAGACAGACAUAUCCGAAUGGCUGUGGAAAAUAGUCAGUCCCUUCAUUUUCCUGACGGGGGUCACGGGAAACAUUAUUGUCCUCUGGGUUCUGAAGCGACUCCACUUUACGUCAUCAUCGACCCUAGUCCAUCUGUUUGUGCUGGCACUGGCGGACACUGGUGUUCUCUGUGCAGGUCUCGCUAGGUUCUGGGUUCUGAACAUGUUCGACUUUGACAUCAGGGACACGUCAGAUUUCGGAUGCAAGUUCCACCUUUACUUCACGUACACAAUCAUGGACUUCUCCGCCUGGGUUCUCGUUUCCGUCACCUGCGAGAGAGUCGUCUGCGUGUCCUUUCCGCUACACGUGCGGGCGUGGUGCACGGUUCCCCGCGCGUGUUGGCGCCUCUUACUCACAUACAUUGUCUUAUCUGUGAUAAACUGCCACAUGUUCUGGACUUACGGACUGACAAAAGUGGAUGGUGAAGUGUCUUGCCAGCUCGUGAAUAAACGAAUGUCCGUUUACGAUAGUUACAUAUUCGUGUGGGUGGAUCUGUGUUUUGUGUCGUUGCUGCCUUUCGCCAUUAUGUUCGUGUGUACCAUUUCCAUUUUAAGGACUCUCAGGAAGCAAAAUUUCCACACAAAUGGACAUUAUCCCCGCGCGACAAAGGAACGCGUCACCAACAGAUACACUGCGACAAUUCGUCUUUUAUUGCUUGUUACGACAUUCUUUGCGUGCGCCACGUUGCCGGCAUCAUUGGUGUACAUUAUCGAAUCUUUCGUUAAGGGUGAUUGUCACCGGAAGCAACACGCCCAGUUAGAGCUUGCGUGGACGUUAGGGUAUCUUCUACAGUUCACCAACUACGCCGUCAACUUUAUCUUGUAUACAGCGAGGAACCGCAAAUUUCGCAGCAAGGUUCUUGUACUAUUUCAUCUGAAGAAAACAAGACUUCAUCCUGCAUCAGUCCGGACUAUUUCCUCAUCAGCCUCGCUUCGGAGCAGUUCCGACAACCCCGAUUCUGUACAUCGUGAUCGCGCCAUCGAUAGACAUCGGAAAGACACGACACACAACAAAGAGCCUCUCGACGAUUCAUCCUCGUGCGAUUCGACAGUCGGCAAAAACAACUUGGCAAAGAGCAGGCGCAUUACACCCAGAAAACAAAUCACGGCGCAUUCGGCAACGACUGUCGACCAUCUCAUCGGGUGCAUCCGUGGUGUUAGAAACAAAACAUAUACCUUACAUCACUGUGAUUUAAACACCAGAAGUUCUAAUAAUACGUGUGGGGGAAAUUCUACCCAACGAGGUCGUGUGAGACAUAUGCCUAGUGACCGAAACGACAAUACCAGUUACGUGAUAAGGUUGCCUGGUUGUUAUGGCAACCAAGGGAGUGAAUUACCAUCGUCUGGUAAAACGUUGUCUGACGAGGUGUUGACGACGCAUACGUUCAUAUCCUUUUGCGAAAUACCUAGCAAUCACAUACCGUCGACACGGGAGAGUUCCAUUACAAACUGCGAACAUCCAUACUAUAAUGGGGUGGGAAAAUGUGACCAAGAAAUUAUCAAUACGCAUUUAUAACCUCGCCCACUGCCUACUUUCUACCCCACACGCCAAACUCCCCCCUCCCCCCCCCCCAGAAAAAGAAGAAAACCUCAACCCAAAGCAAACAAAAGACACAUUUUAAAAAAAUCGAUCGCAAACCCCACCCUAAUUUAUGUAGCAUUAUAAUAUUUGUUUCUUGUAAUAUUUUAAUUUUAUGUGUCUGUGUUUUGAUAUUGUUUGAGACUAACCUGGAUUUAUGGAAUUAUACAGAAUUUUUUAUGAAGAACCGAGAAGCUUGUGACUCAUUGUCCACAAAGGCCUUGUAAUAGUUUGUUUCUAUAUUGGAAAAACCCUAAAAAUACCCCCCCCCCCCCCCCCCCCCCAACA